AUGUUUGGGUCGAAGGAUAUACGGGGUGACCUGGAGCGACACUCCCAUGUCGCGGUCUACCGCUUCUGUUCACAAGUGACGCAUACUGAAGCGAGAACUCCUUACGGAACCGCGAAGCGACAGACAUCAAGGAGAUCAGGCUUGGAUUUAUUCUUCAAGAAAAAUGGUGAUUUACCUCGUAAGACGGUCGUACUGGACAAGAGUGCCGUAUUAACAUGUCAGGCUGGCGGUACUCCUCCCCCUACCAUCCACUGGGUUAAAGAUGGACAACAUCGCAUUGAACAGGGUGACAUGCUUUCAAAUACAAACGACGAGGCGUUUUACGAAGAUGUUGUCGAUAAGGAGGGUCGUCCAUUAUUAAGGAGGAGUUUUACCAAAGCUCUUCUUUAUCUCGACUGUAUCACACCGGAUAUGGAGGGAGACUACUCUUGCGUGGCGGACACUCCCACACAGAGGAUUGUUAGCACUACCACCCUGGGAGUAGAUAGACUUCUAGAUGACAGGGAAGAGAGUUGUCUUGUGAAAAGAGCAUUUACUGAAAAAAUGCCAGCUCGCAUUUAUCAGUGGACAAGUAACAGGUUAGAGAAAAGGGGUGCCACCAUCCAGUUGUUUUGCCGCGCAGAAGGCUUCCCUACACCACGUAUCACGUGGAAGACCCCGGAUCUCCAGAUUAUCUCGGAGGAGGAUCUCGGAUACGAGCUUUUACCAAACGGCGAUCUUCUGAUCAGAAAUGUGCAAUGGGCUCAACACAUGGGAGUGUUUACCUGUAUAGCCGAAAAUGAUUCCGGCAAGGAUAAGAAAAUCACAUUUGUAUAUCCGACCAAAUGAGUGAUGUCUACGGCCCUUAACGACGAUAUACAUGUAAGGCCACGGUGCAGGCCCUAAUUACGUGGUUAACAGUGUGACGGUCCUA